CAAAAUGGAAUUUAUUAGGACUGUUUGUUCAUUGGUACUGUUUUGUUUAAUAUUACGUAUUGCCUGCUCGACCCCAGAGUUUCUGGGUGGAUACUUGACAUAUAGCCUAGAAGAUAGGGACAACGUCAUUUAUGCACACAUUGAAUUGACAACAGGCUGGGCUCUUGGAACAGGGCCUUGUGGCCCAGGAUGUAGCCACCUUGAUAUAGGAACCAAUACAAGUCAAUCUAGGGCAGCAAUUACCCUUAGAGAAGGACCGACGUUCUUUGGAAAAAUGACUUCUGAUUAUACAAAUUUUGGUAUUACGAUGAUUAGAGAUUUAAACAAUUUUGUUCACAGUUCAUUCCAUGAAAAUGUUAUCGCAGUCAGCAUGGCUGGUAAAUGGGAGCAGGAAAAGGCAAUACUGACCUUUCCGCUGUUACAAAACAAAACACAUGAAGAUUUCAACUUCGACGGUGUCUAUUGGAGGAACCUCUCAUUCCAAGGCUCCAAACGCCGGUGGCAUCUUCAAGCAAGGAUACAGUCUCCUAUUCGGAGUGAUACAAAUUCAAGAAACCACUGCCCUAGAGUGAUGGCAAAACCUUUAUAUCGAAUUAAACUCAAUACCACUUCGACGAUACUGAUUCCGAUCAUGGAUAGGGAUGGCGACCUUGUACGAUGCAGUAAAACCGUACACAUUGCAGCCGGAGAAUUCACAUUUUAUACUUUACCCGGUGUAACCGUCCAUGAGAAUUGUACAGUAGAAAUAGCAGCCCUCAGCAGGUAUGGCUACAUUAACAACGACUCGCUAGCUGUUCUGGUCACUGUUUAUGACUUUCCCCGGACUGAUGUGUUAUUUGGCGACCAACUUUACCAGCGAGCAAUGGAUCCGUUCAGUGCAACAAAAAUAGAUUCGUUUGCGGUCAUUAGGAACGAUAAUGAGGCGUAUGACAUAUCGCAAGCAAAAGCUGAUCCUGAUGGCCGAGAACACAUAAAGUUUGCUGAAUUAAAGUGGACCCCGAGUGACUCUGAUGUUGGAUCUCAUUUAGCAUGCAUCACAGCAACCGACCUUAAUGGGCAUGAUUCCGAAGAAAUCCGAUGUUUUAUUAUAAACGUCAACGGGGAAAGAUUUAACAGUUCUGCACAAAUUUCAAACAAGCCAUAUUUUGUCCAUGUGCCCUCAACGUCAGAGUUUGUGAAAUGUCCAAUCGAAGCGACAUGCGUCAUACCAAUAUUCGUCAAAUCUAACAGCAUUGUAAGACAGAUACACGUGCGGAAUGCUUAUGUCCAUAUUGCAAACAUUGGAUUAGUGUCUGAAGUCGUCGUAAAUGGCGAUGUGUUAUAUAAGGCUGACCUGUCAUUCCAACACUCCAAACACGAACAGGUUCAGAUAUGUUUACAGGCGGAAGAUGUUAACAGGUGUGCAACUGACGUUUGCAAUCCAAAUCCAUGUGGGGAUCAUGGGUUUUGUUUUCCCAGCACAAGACCUUACUACUGUUUUUGCUCUGACGACAUGGAGCAUUUCAACGACUACAGUGGAGUGAACUGUGAAAUACGAAGCUAUAUUUACAUCGAAACAAGUGCUCCGAGAAUUAAGAACGACACCGCAUGGCUUGUCAGUCCGGUGGUACGCGACAGGUUAAAUUACACGCAAUGUCUUCGUUUCUGGUACAACAUGAAUGGCGCAAGCAUAGGAACACUUAACGUUUAUCUUCAGGCUGUUGAUGGUACAGACAUUCCUGGUAAACGCAUAUGGUCUUUGGCAGGAAAUCAAGGGCCUGAUUGGCAGUUUGCACAAGUUACAGUUAUCUCUGACUUCGAUUUCAAGAUCGUAAUUGAGGGCACUGUUGGUGACGGGUAUGUUGGAGACAUCGCUAUAGAUGACAUCUAUUUUGCUGGUGGGUCAUGUGAUCUUACUACACCUGUCACCACAACAUCAGCUACAACUGCGCUUUCAACUAGUAGUAACGGAAGAAAGUGUUUUUCAUGCACACAUCUCGGAAUGUCAGAAAAGUGCAAUUCUUUUACUACAUGCCAUUCGGGCUGUGCAAUUGAAACAUAUGUUGAUGGAUAUCCGAGAUAUAACACAGGAUGUCGAAACAUAAGCGAUAAAAACAUCACCAGAACGUGUCUUAAUUACUGUUACUCGGAUUUCUGCAACCACCAAGGAUGUGGCGUUCCAGGACACGGCCUUCGAAGUGAUCGCGGACCUUUGUGUCUAGACUGUGAUGACAUGGAAAAUAUGGCCCUCUGCAAAAGCAUAACUCCUUGCGCCAAGGAUGAAGUUUGCAUUAUCUACGGAAGUCCUUUCACACACUACGAUGGGAAAUGCGUGAGCAAGAACUUCCAGUGCCAGGGCGGGACGUCCGCUGGUGGAAUAUGCCAGUCUUGUUGCGACCAGGAUAUGUGUAACACAAACUGCACCCGACCUGCCGUGGUCUCUAUUGUUGGUUAACAUGAGAUGACCUACUUCCGCAAGGGGAUUCUGACCAAGACAAAUUUAGCACCAACUGUACCCUGUCAUACGGGUCCUUCUUGCAAACACUUUCCUUAUUUGGCGUAAACGGUUUCAUUAAAGAUACUGUAUUCUGGAGCUAUUUGUUUCAUUUAAUACGAAGUAAAAGA